ACACGUUACCGAUUUACUUCAUUCAAUCUUUCUUUCACACCCUCUUGACUUCUUCAUUCCGUACCCUGAAUAACAAUCAUAUUGCAUCUAAAUAAGCUGCUGCAACUCGAUCGAUCGGUGGUGGGUUUUCGAGUUUUCGGUUGCAGCCGGUGCACACCAGGUGUUUGUGAAAUGUCCCCUGUGAAGUCACCCGAACAACACAGUGUUCGGGAUGUGGGGAAAACGAAUAAGUUUGUAGUUGGGAACGAUGAAGCGGAUGAGCUCCCCCCAGGGUGGACAAAGGAGUUGAAAACAAGAAAAUCCGGUUCAAGAACAAAAGUUGAUCGGCGCUACACGGAUCCCGUCACUGGAUACAUAUUCCACUCGCUCAAAGAUGCCCAACGCUAUGUCAAAACUGGUGAAGUGGGAAGCCUAGCGACCAAACCGAAGAACAACGAGUGUGUUGAUACGGAUAAUAAAGAUGAAAGAUUACAUAUGGAGGAAAAAGAAGAAAGGAGUGAAUCGAAGGAACAACACAGUGCUCGGGAUGUUGGGAAAACAAAUAAGAUUGUAGCUGAGAACGAUGAAGCGGAUGAGCUCCCCCCAGGGUGGACAAUGGAGUUGAAAAAAAGAAAACCCGGUUCAAAAACAAAAUUUGAUCGGCGCUACACGGAUCCCGUCACUGGAUACAUAUUCAUCUCGCUCAAAGAUGCCCAACGCUAUGUUAAAACUGGAGUAUUGGGGAGACUAGCACGCAAACCGAAGAACAAUGAAGAUGAAAAAUUACAUAUAGAAGAAAGGAGUAAAUCAAAAGAUAGUGAAACUUUGAGGCGUAAACGACCACUGGAUAAUACAGGAACCGAAUUUAGCGAAACUGGUAAGUCGGAACUGAUUCACCGUGCUUCAAAAAGACUAGCGGCACCAUCACCGCCAGAGCCUAAAACCCGUCAAGCUACACGACUAGCGGAAGUGACAGUUGAUGCAUCGGUCUCAUCACCAUCACAGGUAGAACCUAAAACCCGUAACGCUACACAUAAAGGUGGAAUCAAAAUCAUAUCACCACCACCAUCACCGCCAGAUACCAGAAUCAAGAUCGAUGCAUCAGUAACACCGCCACCUGUUUCUAAAACCCGUCAAGCUGCACACCAAUCUGGAAUCGAAAUUGAUUCACCAACAUCAUUGCGAGAUUCUAAAACUCGUCAUGCGACACCGCUAGUGGGAACGGAAGUUCCAUCGCCGCCACCUCAGCCAGAGCCUAAAACCCAACAAGCCAAACAUCUAUAUAGUAUCGUAGAUAAUGCAUCACCAGCGUCACUGCCACCGGCUAAAACUCGCAGAGCUACACGACAAGCGGGUAUCGAAAUUAACGCACCACCACCGUCACUGCCGGAUACCCGAACCGGCCGCCAGGCUACCCGAGCUAGACUUGUUAAUCUGGCUAGUCCGAAAAAAACCGACAAAAAAACCGAAGCGGAAAAGAUGACCGACAAGCAUAAUCAAGAAAACCAUGGGAAUCCUAAAGAACAUAAUAACAAGAUUGAGAUGGGACCCGCCACAUUGCCGCCAGUGUAUUUUGAGAAGAAAGAAUUGCCUGCGGUCAACGCUACAGUAAGCAACCCAAUGCCACAAUCCGGUUAUGGUUACGGAGGGAACAUGAAGUCGUCAGACUCGUCAAUCAACUUUUCCAUGAACGAUUUGUGGACAGACCCGUGCAUCGAAUUCGCUGUAAAAACACUGACAGGCGCAAUCCCAUGUGAGGAUUUAAACAAACCCGAAAAUCCGGCACCGUCGCCGUUAAAGGUGCCGUUAGAAGAUCUCUGGACAGACCCGUGUAUUGAAUUCGCUGUAAAAACUCUCACAGGUGCAAUUCCGGUUGGGGAAAAUGAUCGUUUACAGCAACGAACCGACACCAGUAGAAAUACCCGGGCCCCACAUGAUUUCUAUCUGCCUGAUGUGGGCCCCGCAGGGCAGAAUAAGCAACAGCAACAGCAGCAGCAGGGUUCGACGUAUGGAAACGUUGGUUUUCAAAAUUCGGGUAAUUUUGCUAACGGGCAGUGUUCGAGAUAUAGGUUCUUUUAGUAAAGUUAUUACCGUUAAAAUGUGCAGUUUGCAGACAGACAGACAGACAGUCAACCACAUAGAAUGUUAGUUUUAAGGUAGUCUUGUGUUGAUGUUUUUUGUAAUGUAUUUGAAGUUUCUGAUCAGUUGUAAACUGUAUUUUGAAAUGGUAACUGCUGAUUAGCUGCUGGUUGUUAGACUCAGCCCUCUUUUGUUGGAGACCAUGGUAUCUAGUGUAUACGGGUUGACCCGGCCCAUUUUGACA